AUGAACACGAACAAUUUGUCCUUGUAUAAUUAAAAAUCAACAAUGAAGCAUCGGCGCUCAUUUUUGAUGUUCAAGACAUAAUUUCAAUUGGAAAUGCGACUGAACGUUAAGUUCGCGCGAUGUUUGCCAUUUCAAAUGCCGUCAGCCACAAUCGAUCAUCAGCGACCACUAUCCACCAGCCCGCACCAUCCGAUAAGGUGGUGUCGCCACCGGCUACCUGAAGAAAAGAAAACGUGCGCGCGCUCGGUUGGCCGAGUGGAUGAAAGUGGAUAGCGCACCUCGUACAUGUCAGCAAUGCCAGCGAUACGAGCGAAUAUGGUGGUCCAGUGAAGUCUUCGUUCCCGUGAUGUCUAAGCUCCCGCGUGCAGCUUUCUUUGGCAAAACGUUCUAAAGUGAUCUACUGGCUCUUUUUCGUAAUUUACAAAAAAUCCUGCUUAAGUCACGUCGUAAGAAGGAGACUCAAGUUACGGGCAUGUGGUUCUCAUCUGCGAUCGGAAAUUAAUCCUGCCAUCGAGGCCUUCCUUCUUCAUUGACCGUAUCUCUCGCUACACGAGAAGACUUAGGAAGUGCUGCGUGCAAGAGGGAGGGAGAUUAAGUGGGCAGGAGAGCACAAAUUGGUGAGAGCAGGACGGAGUAUGCCAGAUCACACGCAGUGACACAUUUAGUAUCCAUUGCGAGUUCAGAACUGGCAUAACCUCUUUUCUGCAUUAUGGAUGUGGAGUGAAUCCGUCGUUCGAGUAUCAAGUGAGAAUUAUUUUGGUCCGAAGCCCAACUGGACAUCGAAGUGAUUUUUUUAGAGAAAUAGCCAUUCACGACGAUUCUUGGAAACUUUGCGUUUCUAAUGCAGCGUUUCUAACCGAUCGUGCUACGACUCAAAAGAAAUAAACUCGCAAGCAUUUCAGAUAAUAUUAAGUACCCAACAAAGUGAAUUAGGAAAAAGUGUUAGGUGAGGUGAUGGUGGUGUAGGUGGCGGUGACUGUCGUGAACGGAACGUAAGGAGACACAUUGUUGGACGGGAAGCGGCAGACAGACCAGAAAGAUAAAUUAGAGAAACAGAAGAGAACCAAGUGGACGCGAUACAAGGAAAGCUGAAAGGAAAUGUAAAAUCGAAGGAUUUGAUCUGACAUUUCGAACGAAGCUAAUUCAUGCGCCAGAGUCUUUUUACAUUCGGUGGGAAGUUCCAAAGAAUGGCAGUCGGGAGCGCAGUGCUCGUGGGUGUGGAAGUCUCAUUUACCUGAAGCCACAUAUUUUUUCGGUGAUAUAAAAAAUUUAUUCCUAUCCUUCUCAUCUGAGAUCUCGGAAACGAUCGAGCGAGACACGAAUAUUUGGAGCAAAUUGGCAAACGUUGAAGGGGCCAAGCAUAGACCGAAUGGUCAGUGUAGAUUGAGUGAAUUGGGUGAAUCAGGCAGACUCAGUGGAUCAAGUAUAACGAGCAAUAGAGAUAGCGAGUCUAAUGAAAUGUGAAGUGAAGAGAAACAACGCUCUUAUAAAAAUUAACUUUCGUAAAUACUCGAUGAGGUUUGAAGCAUUGCCCUUAAAUCUCGAAGACUGAAAGUAACCUUAUCAGCGUGGAAAGUGCAUCGACGUUUUCUAUUACAGAGUUUCUCCCUUUGAGUGCUUAAGUCUGAAUCGACAACUAUCGUGGCAAAUAUUUCAUGAGUUUCAAAUGAGAAGCGCUCGGAUUCGCGUGCAAUCGAUUUGGCGGACUAGGAGGCGCAGGUUGAUCGAGGAGAGACCGUAGGAGGGGGGGGGGGAGGAAAAGGGAGAUAGAGAAGCAGAGAAAGUGAGAGGAACGACGAUAGGAGGAAAGAAUAACCGUAACAUGCAAUACGUGAAGAAUUAAAAAGAGAUUCGGUCGUCGAGAAAUUUACGAGAUAUGCGCGAAGCACGGUGGUAGCCCGUUUACCUUCUCCAGUGUAGCCCUUCCCUGACAGUACGGUGCUGCCGUGUAAUCAAGUUUGCGUUGUCGGAAAUAGCUUUCGAUAGCAAUUCCAUAGGUGAGAUAUAUUUCGAGGAACGGAGAAUCAGAGCGAAGGAGUGAAGCGCUGAAAAGAAGGAAUCACGGGUCGGUAGAUAAGGUGCGACGAGGUCUGAGUUGAAACAGUGAAAAGGAGUAAAGAGGAAAGGAAAGAAGAGGAAGAGAGAAGAACGGUAAGGAUGAGAGUGUUAAAUGUGAGGAAAAGAGUGAAAAAAUUGGUGAAGAGAAAAAACAUGAUAUCUGAAGUUUCAUAGUGACGGGGUGGCAACAUCAAAGAUACAUACGAAAAGGAGUGGCACCAGCAUCUCUAAGAAGGGCGAGUGUUACUUUCUCAGGUGUUCAGGUUAUACCCAACUGGUAACAAAAGUGAAUGAGUGGCGAGUCCUAAGGGAAGUGCGUGAGCGUCUUGUGAAUUUUCUAAAAAUUCGGGUAUUCCUAAGGACCCGAUCCGCGUCCUGGAUGAAAGAAUGCGAAAACCUCUUUAUAGUCUGUGAUCAUGAUUUGUUAUACGGAUGACGUUAGUGGAAACCGAACGAGAGACAUUAUCAAUCACUACGUCGUGAAAGAGGAAGAGGAAGAGGAUUUCGGACCCGGCUCGGUCGUGCUGAUCGAGGUCAGCCGUCGGGCGAAUCCUAACCUCGAUAACGAUCGUGCGCCGGGUAAGCGAGGCAAUAGGUGGUGGCGCGCUCUUACAAUCAGGUGGAAUAACCGCUACGAGGAUCGAAGUCGCUUCAGUGACAUUAUCAGAAGUACUAGGAGUACUGGAAGCGCAAGGAAGAACAGGAGUACUUGGAGCAGGAACUGGAGUAGGAGCAGGAGUAAGAGCGGCAGUGUCAUCGGGUUAUCCUCGGAGGCAAGGAAGAAAGUGAAAAGUGUGGUUUGCGUAGGAAAUCGAUUUGCCGGUGUGCCUCGCUCGAUAAACCGUGUGCUCGGCCCAGAAUUGACACCCCGGUCUAACCUAACUUGGAGCGUGUGUUUGUGGCCGGAUCGUUGCAGCGUGUGCUUACUGGCUGACGGAUGACUCGUUCAGGACGAGCUCCAGUAGUCGUAGACGUCUCCCUAGCAACUCUAGCAAAUUUAGCACAUAGACUCUCUCGGACUCUUGUCUUGUUUGACUCUGACUUGACGCUCCCCCGAGUUACUCACUCUACUACUAGUAGCCACCUUAUUGUCAUUGUUGAUCUUGAGAGAGUAUCGUUAAUCGCCCUAACUACGGGAAUCGGGCCACCAGCUAUUAGGCCGUGAUGGCGGACCUUCCUGACAUGUCUCAUCUCACUCCCGAAGAAAGGCGCAUCAUCGAGAGUGUCAUGAUGCGCCAGAAACAAGAGGAGGAACGUGAAAACGAAAUCAUGAGGCGAAAGCAGGACGAGGUACAAGUUUUAGAGGAGACGAUACGAGCUCGGUCGGAGAAGCAUAAGAAGGCUGGCGUUGAGUUGGAUGCCACUUGCCAUAUUUGUCUGAAAACAAAGUUUGCCGAUGGCGUGGGUCACAUCUGUAACUAUUGCAACAUCCGGUGUUGCGCUCGCUGUGGGGGGAAGGUUACCCUUCGUUCAAAUAAGGUGAUAUGGGUAUGCAUCCUGUGUCGCAAGAAACAAGAGCUCCUGUCAAAAACGGGACAAUGGAUGACAAAGUCGGGUUUGGGUGCGGCCGACAAUGCCAUGUUGCGAAGGAUGCAGGAAGAUAUGCAAAGUAUCGGUCCUCUCGGACUCUCGGAGCAAACUCAGGAUAAACGGCCGAAGCUCGAACGAGCUCACAGUGCGGCCGAAAAAGAGAACCUUCCUCUGUUGCAGAGUAGUGGAAGUCUUUUAAGAAGACAAUAUUCGCAACAGGAACAAGUACCUGGACGCCGAAUGUCAACAAGUGACAGUGGUGUCGAAAUGUCCGUAUCGCCGCAUUCGAGAAGUUUGCCAACGCCUCACGUCGUUAUCGAUUCGUAUCCAAUGCAACAAACGCCCAGACAUCCUGCCGCCUAUCCCGAGGAUGACCCUAAUCUCUAUCGGGGUGAGCUCGAUGGUUUGAUGCGUCAACAUGCCCAGAGUUAUCAGCGGCAACGGCAAAUUUAUCAAGAAAAGAAUUCGGAUAUCGCGAUGGCUUACGGGCAUCCCGUGGUAGACUCACCAGCUCCACGAACGAUGCAUCCUGGACAGCAGCAACAGCAACAGCAUCCAUCGCAGCUACAGUCGCAGCAGCACUCGAUGCACCAAUCGACGCAAUCUUGUGGACCGAACGUGCAGUCCGCUCCUGGAGGCGUCGUCUCUAAUACCGGUGCUCUUCAGCAGCAGCGCAGCUUCAGCAGUAGUGAAGAAGAGCGCAGUACUCCUGAAUGCGCGAGCGACGAACACGAUGAGUCCGAGAAGGGGAAGAACGGGUAUUACCACACGGGAGGGAUGACGACGAUACCGGGUGGGACUCAUAGACACGCACCGCACAACGGACAUCGCGUCACCGACUCGAUAAGCAUCGAGUAUAACGGUCACCAUCCACCACGGGAGCCGCGAAAAGAGGAGAGCACUCUCGUCCGGCGGAGCUUUCGAAGAAGCGGCGACGAGUGGCGUGCAGACAGUCGGAGGUUCACGGAGCGAAGGGGGAAAAAGACUGUGCGAUUUGAUGGGGGGACCAAUAUUGGAGGUUCCCAGGAGGACUGGUCCUGGGAGGUCGAUCGUCAGGGUAGUCAAGACAGCGCGACCAAAGACUCCGGCAUAGACACCUCCAGCACCUUCACGAGCAGUGAAGACAGCAAUAGAGGCGACCUGCCCAAGCAUCCACUGUCGUGGCAAGUAAGCAACGACGGACAGAAAAUAAUCGGUCACAUGAUACUGCGCAAGUCGGCUGGUUCCGGAAGCAGCAGCAGUAUCCUAGGCCUGAAAGUUGUCGGUGGAAAGUUAUUGGAGAACGGCUCGAGGGGAGCACUCAUUGAGAAGGUGAAAAAGGGCAGUACGGCUGAUAUCGAAGGACAACUAAGACCCGGCGACGAAGUCAUCGAGUGGAAUGGUCGUUCACUUCAAGGCAAGAGCUUUCAGGAAGUCUACGAUAUCAUCGCUGAAUCGAGACAGGAGCCACGGGUCGAACUGAUUGUCUCGAGGAAUCUUACGGGCUCUUCGACGGUUCAUAUCGCAGCACCAGCUUCUACGAUUGACACUGUCGCUCCUGCAGCUGCGAGACGCCUCACUGCUGCCCAGACGCAAUGGCGACAAAAACAUGAGCCCAUCGGAACUACUCAACAGCUUCAUCACAAAGCGAUCGUUACAGAGCUUUACGACGCGCGGAGAGAGAAACCAUCGGUUUUAGUAACGUCCCCCGGAUCUCCAGAUCGUCAUGCUCAUGGAAGAACGGGACACGGUGCACGACAACCAACCGGAAACGCAAACGUCGGUGGUCAGCUUCAAAUGAAGUUAGGCUUUGACUCGGCGGCUCUUCAGCUGAUUGUCGUUCCCGUAUGUGCGGCAGGUCUGACCCCUCGAACCAAUGGUCAAGCAAGGAAUCCCUACGCCAAGAUAUUCCUACUUCCAGAUAAAAGUGAAAAAUCGAAGCGGCGAACGAAAACUCUUGCAAAUACGAACGAUCCGAGGUGGAAUCAGACUUUCGUUUACAACGGGAUACGAAGAUCCGAGCUAAGACAAAGAGCUCUUGAGGUCACAGUCUGGGACUAUGUGAAGUAUGGUGCAAAUGACUUCUUGGGGGAAGUUAUACUGGAACUCGCUAUGUCAGCUCUCGACGAAGAACCAGAGUGGCACUUUCUCAACGCACAUGAGGAACAUAGGCAUACAGGGCACCAUCAGGAACCUUCGGACGACAUGGUAAUAACGACACCUGUAGAUUGUCAUCUGAGUCCACCUUCAACGACAUCCAGGUUAAGUGAUUCAGAUACAUCUGAAUGUGACAUCACUGACUGUGACGUCUCCAGGGAACAAAGAAGAACCGCUGACGGGGCCAGUAUAAGCAGCAUUGGUAGCUCUUCCAGGUUUCAUAAUAUGUCGUCCAAUUAUAAGCGCCACUAUUCCAGCCCGCCGCCCGAGAGGGAGUUGGGUGUUGACGGGGAACAUCGCAGUCGCAGGGACAUGUCUCCACAGGGACGUAAAAGAGCAGCACUCAUGAUUUCCCGAGAUCAACCCAGCAGCGUUUCUGGCUAUCAGCAUUGCCGGAAGGAGGAUUCACAUCGUGGGAUGAUGAGUCACAGAUCGCAUAGUGCUGCCCCCAUGGACUCGCCGAGUAUUCACUAUCGUGGAAGGCCACAGAGUCCAACUGGACAUCGUUCUCUUUCACCACCAGAACACAGGUCGAUUCCUUACUCCCACGGAUAUGUGCCCACCAGAUUUGGAUCCCGAUCAGCUACAGCGACGCCGACCGGUUCACCAAAGAAACGGCAGCUACCCCAGAUUCCCGCAAAUCUUCAUGCGGCCCUUAAAGUCAGAGUUGCUCAGGAUUUAGAAGAAAGGACGCGGUUCAUUAAGCAUCGAAAUAGACAGGUGCACACUACGUAUAGGAGCACUGGUAUGGGAGGUUGGGAGAGACACUACAGUGGGCUUUCGGAUUCGGAUCUUCCUUCUAUGGGACACGAUCCCUUGUCCUUGUCACAUAGUCAUGCCCACAGAAUGCGCAGACCUCGAAGAGGGCAUCUCAGUCCUGACAAAGAUGUUCUCGGCGACCUGGGUGACUCAGACAUGGAAAGCAUCGCCUCAGUCACGAGUAGUGCCUUCAGUACACAGUCAGAAAGACCACGUGGUUCACGGGGACUGAUACCGACAAUUAAAAACGUGUUAAUACCCGGUGUCGUAUCCCCGAUGCCCCCCGCCCCUAGGCGCAAUAGGCGCAGGCACAGACUUAGGGUACCCUGCAGCGAAUGUCACUGCCCAAACAAUCCCCCGAAGACCCGACGCAACCCUAAGCAGCACCACCCUCCUCCACAUCCCCUCGUACGGAGCAAGUCCGCAGUUGUCCGCUCGCUUUACCGAAAGAUGCGUACCCCCUUCACAAGAUCACAAACCGUCGAUGAAAAGAUGCUCCGCUAUUACAGUCCUGAAACUAGUGAGUACAACGUCUCCGAGGGAUACCUCCUUAAGCCAGAGAUACUCACGGGGCGAGACGCGACUCGCAUUCCGGAAAUUUAUAUUGAGGAUUGUCUUCAGGUCGAUUUUAACGACCGCCUCGUUGAUAAGUUUCAUCAGCGUGCUGGCUCUUCGCGUUACGUUCUUGGAACCGGUUCUUUUCCUCGCGCAGCCUCUCGCAGAUCAUGUGAGAUAGCAGCACGCAUCACGAAACCGAAGCUGCCACCUUUCAACUUCCUUGAUAAGUUCAACAUCAGGAAUCACUUCGCUGUUCAGUCUCGUACUCGCUCUCUUCCCAAAACCAGAAGCUUCGAGUAUGAGGUUGUCCCUGAUCAAUCUCUCUUCGAAUUUCGACCUCGAAAAGCGAAGAGCUUCGAGUACGAGUCUAUCUCAAGCAACAUAUUUAGCGACGAUAGUUUAAGGACUGCCAGACGCAAACUCAAAAAAAAUCUUUCGCUCAGUGAUUCUGGUUACGGCGAUAAGAUCCAAGCGCUCCAAGAUCAGAGCAAGUCGUAUUAUGACUCGAGUGGUGAUAACAACGUUUUCGAAUCAGUUCACCCACUCUCAGCUAGCACAUUCUAUGGAUACGAUUCUGAACUGAGCGGUGGUGAAACUGAAAUCUAUGUCCCAAACUUUGACAAGCAAAGCAUUGAGUCCGUCGUUGAGGUCAAAGGUUACAGAGAUUCCGAUAUCCUCGCCAGGGAUGAUCCUGUCAAGAGAAAAUACUCCGACUCAUAUUUCCUAGAUGACACUUUAAAAACUAACCGAGCCACGUCCCUGGAGAAGCGUACCAGAAGUCUUGAGAAUAAUUAUCCUGACACGUUAGAGUCUCCCUGUAUGAACCUUAUCGACAACUCCGCGAACCAUAUUUACUGCAGUAUCGAGGAGGCCUUAUCGACCACACAACGUUCUAAUCGAGCUGAUCAGGAAACUCAAACUCGCCAUGGUAAUAAAAGAUUCGGCGAGUCUCGAUCAAGAAUUAGAAGCUAUUCGCAUCCGGAAGAAGAUCUCGAACUGCACGGAGAUCAUUCGAAUGAUUGGAAACUAUGGCCCACUUGCGACUUUGAAAGCUGCCAGGAAUCACAGCAAAGCAAAUAUAUUGAUGCUCGAUUCAAUAAUUCCUCUCAUCCGCAAGAAUUGGAAUAUUGGAGUAAUCCAAGUGAUUUGGAUAUACCUAGUGAUAGGGACUUUCAGAAAUGUACUUUGCAUCCGAAAACUGGAAAACUAUCUUCGAGUAAUUGUACCAGAAAAAAUGUUGAGACUGUGUGCGAUUACUUGCAGUCAUCCCGCAAUUUUCAGGACAAUGCAAUGAGAAGAGGAAGAAUUUUUAGGCGGACUGAAUCCUCGCCAGUCCUCAAUUCCGACGACGAACACCGCUACAGGCUACGACGACGUCAACGUAACAGUAGCUGUCCCGAGACAAGUGAUACUAUUAAAUUAUACAGGGACUCUUUUCCUCGGUCUGAGUUCACUUCCUCAUCUGUACCCAUAUACGAUUCCGACGAAGAGUUCGGUUCGACGGAGACGGUCAUCGGACCCGGAUAUGACCGAGAGAGCAAAGGCAAUCGUGGCCUCUCUCUCGACUCAGGUUCCCGAGUACCAUUUGACCGUUCACAUUCCGACGAGGAACUCAACGUUUCUACCGACUUUUCUUCUCGCAAGUACUUAAGAUCCUUUCGCGCCUCUCAUUUAGACCUGAACCAGCUGAAGGACGCGAACAUUAAUGUAAACGAAGAUAAGGUAGUGUUCUCAGACAAUUGUAGAUUAGAUUUACCACGAUUCAGAGAUCAGCCACGUAGUAGCAAUUGUUCGAAUGGUCAUACGUCAAGAUACGCUGACGAUAGACAAGCACAGUAUAGAGAAGGAGACGUAGAAAUAUCGAAAUCAGAUCCGAGAAAUGUUAAAGGGAAAAAGGUACGCGAUGCGAUGCCGCAGCAGCCACAGCAAAGCGCUAAAAGAAAUGUCGCGAUCAGCGACACCCUCGAGUACUAUGAAUAUUCGAUGGAAAGCGAGAGUCAGUGCAGCGAAACCUGCGGAUUUGGCCCGUGCGAUCCACGUAGGCCCCCUAACCGAGCACCCCGCCCCGGUAACGCUAAUUCAAAUAUCUUUGAUUCCUUAACCGCUACCUCCGACACUGCUAAAAACGCUCAUCGGCCCGCCGAUGAAAACUACGCACGAAAUCGACGACGCUCCAAAUCUACCGGUGAAUCCGACCUCGAAACAUCCCGCACCACGAUGGUCUCGUCCUCUUCGUCGUCAUUUGCCUCCGGGACUGUCGCUACUGGAACUGUCAACGAUACCAACGCACCCUCAUCCUUCUCCUCUUCACGACGACUCCAACGGAAACUAAAUAAUAACGAUCCUCAUGAUUACGAUGACAACGGCGUCAAAAAUGAUGAUGACCCUGACUCGACUCGUGAUCAUUGUCGUCGCUCAUCUUCGAUGCCUGAAAAUAGCGAGUACGCUCAGUCCGGAUCGUACGAAAAGUCCUCCAGACAUCAACUUCCGGGAAAUGGUCACAACGGCAAAAGGGGACAGUUUACCAGGAGUCUUAGUAAUGCUGACGUACCUCCGGACGAGAAAGUCGACGGCAGCCUGAGUGACACCGCAGUGAGUUUGCAUGUAGAGGACAGUUCGCGAAGGGUCCGCAAGAGUUCGCCAGGGAGCAAAAGCGGAAGCGGCAGCAGCAGUGGAGGCGGAAGUGCGGUCCAAUACCAGACGGGUCUCGGGAAGAAAAGCAACAGUACCAGUCAACUGUCCGCGACAGAUUAGUGAAGCUUUCGCACAGCCAUACCUGCAUAUUUUUAUAUUUAAAAAAAUUUAGACACUUGAAAUUCAAUUUAACUAUAAAAAUAAUUUCUUAUUAAUCUUACUAAUGAUGCAGACGCUCUUACGCGAUUUUAGAUGGACACUAAAUUACGGUGCAUUCUCGAACCAUUAAAAUCUCUUCAGAAACAAUUUGCGUUCCUGCUGUUUAACAAUAUUAGCAAAGUAAGAAAUACGCUGUAAUAAAGAGAAGACAAAAAGGGCGUUAAAAAUAAGAAAAUGAGAACUAUCAUAUUGUUAACAAUAGGAUAGUUCAUCAUUGAAAUUGCAGUGGCACCAAGUUGAUCCACUACAAGUACUUCGUUUCAGGGAACUCAUAUGGCUCCUGACUUCCUAUCCUAUUAUUCUAAAUAUGCACAAAUGUGUGUGGGCACCCACACACGAUCUAUAGUCUAGUGAAAUCUAAGCGUUGUGUUCAUUGAUACAAUGCCUUGUUGUACAGCUUUAGCUAGACCGCGUGGUCAACUUAGGGCAAGUGCACCUAGAAAUAAAUGGAAUCUAUUUCUAAACGAAAAGGAAAAAAUUAAGAGAGAGACAGAGACAAAGACAGAGACAGAGAGAGGGAGAGAGAGAGAGAGAGAGAGAGGGGGAGAGAGGGAGAGAGAGAGAGAGAAACAGGGAUAACAAAGAGAGGGAGAGACGUGUGGAAAGGAGCAAGAUCGCUUAAUCAGGCUUAUAAGUUGACCACGUUAAUAGUAAAAGUGCUAAUAUACGCUGCAGGUGAGAGUGUGCUACAGCUUUCGUUGAUGUAUCCAAGUACUGUGUUAUUACGUAUUUUGUACCUUGGAAUGUGGGAUUGAAUUGGGCUGAGCACUCGCAAGACUUAGCUGAUAGUCAGUUUACUUAAAACUAACAAUUGGUUAUAUUAUAUUAUAUCAAUUAUUCAAAAGCUCAGCUUCUUAUGGAUUAAUCAUAAUUUAGCGGGAUCCAACAUUUUAUUGUAUUUAAGCUUAGCUUUGAGUCUGCGAAAGCUUGUCCACUUCUAUGUACAGAUGUGAAAAAAGGAUGGCGGCAAGAUAUGCCCCUAAACGUAUAUAUUAUAGCUUAUAACAUUAUAAUCUUAGCACCGUUCCCGUACCAUACAGUACUUUAAUUUCUCUCAGUUUUCUCAGCGGUAGACUUACAAACACAAAUUUUCUUUUUCCCCGUUGCCGUCUUCUCAAAUUCUGACUCACCUACGUCAAUUACUAGGUAGCACAGUGGCACAUACACAUUUUUUAGGUAGUUCAAAAGAUACUUACAAUAGAAUAUACAUACUCUGCUCAUGGUGUUAAUUCUUACAUAUAUAGUUUAUACCCUUUACUUGUAUCGUGAACUUGUAGUAGUAUUUAUCAGAUAGAUGUUGAACAUUGCCUUUCAUAAAUGCUAUUGUUCCACGAGAGCUGAUUGUUUGAUAUAAUUCCUUCUGCGAGUUGCUCUCGUUCACUCCUUUCUUUUACAGGUUAGGCCUUUGAUUAGGCUUUUCCUUUUUUUAAAAAAAGAAAGCUCCCUCGUUCAUCAUUAAAUAUACGCAUCGGAUAAUCGUAGAUAUUUUCAUUCUGAUCUUCAACAACGGAUUUUAAAGAUUAUUCAAUAAUGUGUCUCAUUUUCAAAAUACUUGUACGCCAGUGGCCAUGAAUAUUCUAUUUUCCCUAGUUUUCAACAUUAUCGUCUAUUGUCAGCAGUCACGCAUCUAUUGAAUCUCUUGAGUUUAUGAGUGCAUUCUUUCAAUGGAUGAAUAAUGCAGAGUGAAAACGAGAAAAAAUGAGAAAAAAAAACUAUUGAUGUUUAUAAUGAGAAAAACAGACAUCGGAAAAAAGAUACGUGAUGUAUCAGGGAAAAAGAGGCCACACAAGGAAAUGGGAGAACGAGAGUUAAUCGCAUAAAGUGGGAACGAGGCCCAAGUCAAGGGGAAAAUGUUACGUGAAGUUUAGAAACGUUAAAUAAGGCGAAUCAGAAGAAUAAGGAGUAAAAAACAAUGAAGCAGGCAGAGAGGGAGAGAGAGGGAGAGAGAGAGAGAGAGAGAGAGAGAGAGAGAGAGAGAGAGAGAGAAAAAGUGAGAGUGGAAGAGUGAAAGGUUGAUAGCGAGAGAGUGCGUGUAUGUAUUAUACUGAAACAAAUAAGUAAAGAAAGAAACGUAAAAGAAAGUAAAGAAUGACGAGAGAAGAUAUCUUCCUACCGAGAGCAGCGGGUACCAUUGUCACUGCGUAGUGUCAGUCACAUAGUUAGCAGAAUUUCUGUUUGGUUUACA